AUGGCUAACCAUAGAUUUAAGUAUUUAAAACUCGGACUCCUAAAUGUUAGAUCACUUAAUACUGGAUUUGACGAACUAUUAAUACUUAUGCAUGAACAUAAACCAGAUAUACUAGCCUUAAACGAAACUUGGAUCCAAGACGGUGAAGAAAAACAUAUUCCAGUCAUUCCCAACUACCACUUAAGACAUACCCCGAGGCGCACUGGCCGUCGUGGAGGAGGAGUAGGUUUCUAUGUUAGAUCUGGUUUGAAUGUGCGUACCUGUUCUUACCCGAGUUCGGAUCUCGAGCAGAUGUGGCUCGAGGUAUCAGUACUAGGCGGAAUCAAAGUAGCGAUAGGUACAGUGUACAGAGCAGAAACGGCACUUACAGUCGACAACUCCUUGGAUGCUUUAAGCGAAGCAAUGAAUAGUUUUGCACAUUGUGAGCACAUUGUUAUACUGACAGAUUUUAAUGUAGACAUAUCACAACCUAGUAAAGCUAAUACAAUCAAAUUUUCAACCUUUUUAAAACAACGGAACCUGCAUCAAUUAGUACAAGAACCUACACGUAUAACCGAAACUACUAGUACUCUCAUCGACUUAGUCAUAACCGAUACACCAACAUUACAUGAUAACACAGUAGUCAUACAUAAUCCUUCACUUAGUGACCAUGCGGUUAUAUUCUCAGAACUGAAAAUAAAGCGUAAUAGAGAAAUUACCAAGUGUGUUAUUAGACGAUCGUUACAUACUAUUGAUUGUGAUACAUUGUGCUCCGACGUCCAACGUGAGAUCAGUUCCAUAGGUGAAGUACACACAAUGGAAAUCGAUGAACUGUUAUAUAGAUUCAAUACGAUAAUGAUCAAUGUUUUUGACAAACACGCGCCUCUACGUAAAAUACGAAUAAAGGAGAAGCAACGACCUUGGCUAACUGACACGAUUAAAGUGAUGAUGUCACUUCGAAAUACGGCGUUAAGACGAGCGAAAAAAUCCAACUUAGAAUGCCAUCGCACAUACUAUAAGAACCUUAGGAAUUUGGUGUCGAGCGCAAUUUACAGAGAGAAAAAGGCUUUUUUUACUCAUUACGUUAAUGAGAAUAUCAGAGAUGCAAAACGAAUGUGGUGCUAUCUGAAACGCUCAUCAAUUGUGGGCAAUACUGUGCUUCCAGACAUCCCUCAUAAUUUAAAUGACCCAAAUAAAAUAAACAGUUUUUUCCUUGACCUACCGGGAAGUGCAGAUUGUGAUAUCAACACCUUAACUUACUUCGAAACAAACAAAUUUAAUCCUGAAAACAACUUCACGCUUAAAGCACCAACUGACAACCAAAUACUUAAGAUUUUAUCAAUGAUCAAGACCAAUGCAGCCGGACACGACAAAUUGACGAUGGAAAUGAUCCGUAUGACUUUACCUGUAACUUUUAAAAUAAUUAAAAUUAUAAUAAAUAAAUCAAUAGAAUCACUCACCUUCCCUGAGCUAUGGAAAUUAGCCAAAGUAAAGCCGCUACCAAAAUCACCCGGAGUACUGGAGUAUAAAGAUUUACGUCCCAUUAGCAUCCUACCUACCUUAUCGAAAGUCCUAGAAAGAGACACAGACAUGGCAUUGGCCCACAUUAACGAAGAUUUGCAGACUAUCGAAGAAUGGGCGAAGAAGAACAAUUUAACUUUGAAUCCAACAAAGUGCAAGUAUAUGAUCAUAGGUACUAGAAGGCAACGAGAAAGAAUUGAAAGUCAUAAACCGCAAAUAAAACUUCGUAACAAAAUUUUAGAAAAGGUACAUGCAGCAAAAAAUCUGGGUCUGCAAAUGGAUAGUGAACUGCGCUUUGUGGAUCACGUCAACACGGCUAUUAGAAAUGCGUUCUAUCGGCUAAAAGUCCUGUACCGUGUGAGGUGCUUUCUGACAGAGAGCGUCAGGCUAAGGCUGGUGGAUUCAUUGAUACUGUCUCGGUUCAACUACUGUGACGCAGUUUACGGACCCAGAUUGUUGAUUAAGACGCAGCGGGCCAUACAACGUGUGCAAAAUGCUUGUAUGCGCUUUUGUUUUAACAUACCAAGGCGGGAACACAUUACUCCAUACUAUAACAAGUACAAGAUAUUAAAAAUGACCGGACGCCGACUGUUGCAUCUGGCUAAUAUUACCCAUAAAGUGGUCAUCUGCAAUCGCCCGAAAUACCUCUACGAGAAGCUAGAAUGGAGAAAAGACACGUCAGUCCAUCUUACUAGGUGCACUAUACAAAAAAAAAUGAUAGUUCCAAAGCACAGUACUACUGGUUUUAGAGGUGGUUUUAAGUUUUCAGCCUCGAAGGUUUGGAACGAUCUUCCUCCACCACUAAAUAAAAUAAUAUCGCAUUCAGGUUUUGCAAAGAAGUACAAAAAAAUUCUACUGGAGUCACAAACCAAUCAAUGA